AGAAGAAACGAUAUACGUCACAAUUCAAAACAAUACUGGAAGUUAACCGUGCUGUUUGUUUGCGUGUUUGUUCUAUGAAAAUAUGUCUCAAGCGAAGCCGGACAAAGACAGCCAAGCGUCAGAAGCCAAGAAGGCGAUCUCUCUCCCGAUCUCCAGAGUGAAGCUGAUCAUGAAGAGCUCCCCAGAUGUCUCAAGCAUCAAUCAGGACGCUCUCUUCCUCACCACCAAGGCUACUGAGCUGUUUGUGCAACACCUGGCUCUGACCUCCUUUAACAACGGCUCCGGGAGGGAAGCUAACACGCUUGACUACAGCGAUCUGGCUAAAACCGCAGAAGAAACCGACACUUUCCACUUCCUCACAGAUAUUUUGCCAAAAAAGAUCCUGGCUCGAGAAUAUCUCAAAUCACUGGAGCAAAUGGAAGACGAAGAUGCUGAUUUUUGACAAGGAGAGGACUUCUUCAUUUUUUUUCCCUCUCCAUGUGGACACUUAAGAUGCACACUGCUCUCUUUAAGAGAGAAUUUGAGACACAGAGGAGACAUAUGGACUUCAUUAGUACCUGUCGACACACUGAGUUGGUUUAUGUAGAGAUUGUAAGAAAAGUGAUUAGAGGAAUUUUAAAUUAUAAAUAAAUCCCUCCAAAAACUGAAAAAUGUUACUGAGAGUGACUUAUAAUUCCACACAUAGUCCCAGGAGGAUUUAACUGAUAAUACCUACAACACAUUAAUUAAAUGUUUUUAACAUUGCCCCAAAGAGUCAAGAUGUUAGACAACUCAUUACUGAGUGAGUCCGUUCAGUUUGACAAGGAAUGUUUCCGUUCCAAAUCAACAGGUUUUGCUUUGACUGAAGCACACCUUUUGAAAUAUUGUCCUGUUAAAACCUUAAACCAGUCCAGCUCAUUGUUUUGAUAGACCUGGUGGUGCUUAACAUUUAAGGGAAAAAAAUAAUAGCCUGAGGUUUGUAAAGCGGUUUUUUUUUUUAACUAAAUAAAAUCAGAAAAAUGCAACCUAUGUGUGUAU